AUGGCCACCGUGGGCCGGCAGGACUCGUCUCAGCCGUAUCAAGCAGUGCCAGAUCGACCCUUACAAUCCCAACCGGGUCCGAUAUCGCUGCCAACUCAGCCGCCGAUCCCGGGUGUUCCACCUCAGGGACCGCCGCAGCCCAUCGGCGGCGAUCUCAGUCUCAACUUGAGACCUGGCUCGCGGACCACUAGCGCACCAUCCUCGCCAGCGAAGACACGGGAGAGUUUGCUCCAACGGGUACAGAGCUUAACCGGUGCCGCCCGCGACCAGGGUGCUUCUAUUUUGGGAGCGGCGGUAUCUGGCGCAACCAGAGGCUCGUCAUACAGCAAGGAUCGAUGCUUUACUUUGUUGGUGAUCGAUGAUCAGAAUACUGAUUGGAGCAAAUACUUCCGGGGACGCAGAUUGCAUGGCGAUUAUGAAAUUCGCGUGGAGCAGGCGGAAUUUCGAGAACUGUCCCUGACGGCAAGCGAGGCGGGCACCAUAGUGUCCAUGGCUGUCUAUCGUAACGGGACCAAAGUUAUUCGAUCGUUCAAACCUGAUUUCGUAUUGAUACGUCAAAAUCUACGAGAUGCUGGAGAAGAUUACAAGAAUCUUCUUCUUGGUCUGAUGUAUGGCGGUGUACCUAGCGUUAAUAAUCUCACAGCAAUUUACAACUUUCAGGACAAACCUUGGGUAUUUGCUCACCUGCUGGGAUUACAGCGCCGUUUAGGUAAAGACAACUUCCCUUUGAUUGAACAGAGUUAUUAUCCCAAUCAUCGCGAAAUGGUGAGCGCAUCUCGAUAUCCUGUCGUAGUAAAAUUGGGCCACGCCCACGGCGGAACCGGCAAGGCCCGUGCGGAAACAAAUCAGGAAUUUCUAGAUCUUGCUUCGUUGGCAGCUAUGGCGAACGCUUAUUGCACGGCGGAACCCUAUAUCGAUACCAAGUACGACGUGCACGUACAGAAAAUUGGGAACAAUUACAAAGCUUUCAUGCGAAAAAGCAUAAGCGGCAACUGGAAAUCGAACACCGGAUCGGCUAUGCUAGAACAGCUUUCUGUAAGUGAACGACAUCGCACAUGGGUCGAUCAUGUGGCACAAUUAUUCGGAGGAUUAGAUAUUUGCGCGAUUGAAUUGCUGGUGGGUAAGGACGGUCGGGAGCAUAUUAUCGAGGUCAACGAUAGCGCGUUAUCCUUAAUGGGUGACUCUCAGGAAGAGGAUCGACGUCAUAUCGCUGAAUUGGUCACCGCAAAGAUGCAGGUUUACUGUCGACCUCCGAGCAUGUUGACGAAAACGGCCUCGCGGGGUUCGAUGUCGGGUUCUAGCCAGGUGGGUAGUCCGGUAGAAGAUCGAACUGCACCUCCGACCGCACCCUUGGGAUCCCACGGAAGUAUGGGCUCUAUGGCUAGUAUAGGAAGUUUAGGUUCCGUGGGUUCCACUGCACCGAUGACUGGCGACGUCACUGCCUCGGACAGUCAUCAUCAGUUGCAGCGACGUGAUUCUCAAGCUUCUCAAUCAAGCACGGUAAGCAGCGCGCCUUCCGUCGGCCGACGUACUGAAGAACCACCACUUCCUUCUAGAGUGCCGUUUCAUCGACAAGGUAGUCAGUCGCAGGCUCCGAGUGAAGACACCGAAGACACAAUGAAGAAUCUGCGAAAGACUUUUGCCGGUAUAUUUGGCGACAUGUAGACCACAAGAUAUGGCCGACGUAGCGAGAGUGUAGACGUCGGGCACUCUCGCGAUGAGGUAGCUAAUGAUAAUAGGUCGGCAACAAUAACACGAACUCAUGAAAUUCUCCGGCGAUCCCUAAGCAUGUUCCAUGAAUGAAACGGCAUCACAC